AUGCAGUUAGAUUCCACACAAAUGGGUGGCCAUCGACUUGGCCAUGUUCAGUUCGGCGCGGCCACUUCGGUUACAACGCCAAUGUACUCUGCAACGGCGUCGCCCACGGAAGGACAUGCGUCAUUUGUUGCCAACAACGUUACUAGGAUUCGAAAAGAUGGCUUUGACCUCUCAAUGGGCGGCGUGGCCACAUUGGGUCAGUCUGGUUUGGAAACCAUGUCAUCCAAUUCCAUCGGUGCAGCAUAUGGACAAGCGACGGCGGCCGCGACUUCUCCCAGCGUGGGCGCCAUGUCUCAUCAAGCACCAGGACCUCAACUGCACCAUCAUCACCACCUUCCAGAUCUAGGGCAUCUAUCCAAGUCCAUGCGUCGAGAUGAUGGCAGUGGAGCACCGAGCAUGGUCGGUCAAGUAGGAAUGCCACCACCAGCUCCACGUCCGCGGGGGCCGAAGCUGAAGUUUACCGCCGAGGAUGACCAGCUACUUAUAGAACUAAAGGAGCAAAAGAACUUGACAUGGAAGCAGAUUGCUGACUUCUUCCCUGGCCGUUCUUCAGGGACGUUGCAAGUUCGUUACUGUACCAAGUUGAAGGCGAAGACUACACAGUGGACUGACGAGAUGGAUCACAAGCUUCAUAGUGCAUUGGCCGAUUACGAGAAUGAAAAGUGGCGCAUUGUUGCCCACAAGGUUGGAUCAGGAUUUACACCAGCGGCGUGUAGAGAGCGUGUCUUGGAACUUAUGGGCGCCGACGACCCUGAUGCCACAUGGCAGUCCAUGUCACCAAAGUCCGCCUCAGCUGCUGAGGAAUCAGAUCCGAUGGAGCUACCGCAAAUACACCGGCCGUGGCAUGGAAAGAACGAAUUCUGA